AGAGCGAGAGGAGAGCGAGGUGUAGAGAAACCGAGGGGGAGAGAACCCGAGUGUGUGUAUGCGUGUGCGUGUGUGAGCGCGAGCGAGCUUGCGAGGGAGAAGAGCGAGAGAGUGCGAGCGAGAAAGAAUAAAAGGAAAGAAGAUUUUCUCUAUGUAUAUAAAGAUGGCCACGUUAGCAAACGGACAGGCUGACAACGCGAGCCUCAGUACCAACGGGCUCGGCAGCAGCCCGGGCAGCGCCGGGCACAUGAACGGAUUAAGCCACAGCCCGGGGAACCCGUCGACCAUUCCCAUGAAGGACCACGAUGCCAUCAAGCUGUUCAUUGGGCAGAUCCCCCGCAACCUGGAUGAGAAGGACCUCAAGCCCCUCUUCGAGGAGUUCGGCAAGAUCUACGAGCUUACGGUUCUGAAGGACAGGUUCACAGGCAUGCACAAAGGCUGCGCUUUCCUCACCUACUGCGAGCGUGAGUCAGCGCUGAAGGCCCAGAGCGCGCUGCACGAGCAGAAGACUCUGCCCGGGAUGAACCGGCCGAUCCAGGUGAAGCCAGCGGACAGCGAGAGCCGAGGAGGUAGUAGCUGCCUGCGCCAGCCCCCUUCACAAGAUAGAAAACUCUUCGUGGGCAUGCUCAACAAGCAGCAGUCCGAGGACGACGUGCGCCGCCUCUUCGAGGCCUUCGGGAACAUCGAGGAGUGUACCAUCCUGCGCGGGCCGGAUGGCAACAGCAAGGGGUGCGCCUUUGUGAAGUACUCCUCCCACGCCGAGGCGCAAGCCGCAAUCAACGCCCUGCACGGCAGCCAGACUAUGCCGGGAGCCUCGUCCAGUCUGGUGGUCAAGUUUGCCGACACUGACAAGGAGCGCACGAUGCGGCGGAUGCAGCAGAUGGCUGGCCAGAUGGGCAUGUUCAACCCCAUGGCCAUCCCGUUCGGGGCCUACGGCGCCUACGCACAGGCACUGAUGCAGCAGCAGGCGGCACUAAUGGCAUCAGUCGCGCAGGGCGGCUACCUGAACCCCAUGGCUGCCUUCGCCGCCGCCCAGAUGCAGCAGAUGGCGGCCCUCAACAUGAAUGGCCUGGCGGCCGCACCCAUGACCCCAACCUCAGGUGGCAGCACCCCUCCGGGCAUCACUGCACCAGCUGUGCCUAGCAUCCCGUCCCCCAUUGGGGUGAACGGCUUCACCGGCCUCCCCCCACAGGCCAACGGGCAACCUGCUGCGGAAGCUGUGUUUGCUAACGGCAUCCACCCGUACCCAGCGCAGAGCCCCACCGCCGCGGACCCCCUGCAGCAGGCCUACGCUGGAGUGCAGCAGUAUGCAGGUCCAGCCGCCUACCCUGCUGCCUAUGGUCAGAUAAGCCAGGCCUUUCCUCAGCCACCUCCAAUGAUCCCCCAGCAACAGAGAGAAGGGCCCGAGGGCUGUAACCUGUUCAUCUACCAUCUGCCCCAGGAGUUUGGGGACGCUGAGCUGAUGCAGAUGUUCCUCCCUUUCGGUAAUGUCAUCUCCUCGAAAGUGUUUGUGGAUCGGGCGACUAACCAAAGUAAAUGCUUUGGCCACCAGAGCCACAUUGCUGAGGAGUCAGGAAGAGCAAACUGGUCCUGCCCUCAGGAAGCCUCAGGUCUGAGCUUAGAUGACAAUCAUGCCUACUGCGCAGCACUGAAGUCUGCAAGGCACCAAGUAAUGGAGCAGAGAGAAAGGCUUCGUGAGCUUCGACAACCCGGCCAGCGCGCAGACCGCCAUCCAGGCCAUGAACGGCUUCCAGAUCGGCAUGAAGAGGCUCAAGGUGCAGCUGAAGCGGCCCAAAGACGCCAAUCGCCCAUACUGAGCGCCGGCGGGAGCGUCCCCCGGGGGAGACCAGGACUCGCACAGGGCCAGUCAAAUCCACCACAGUCUCGCGCUGAGCUAGGAAUAAAGUUCACGUAAUCACAUGAGAGUGGAGAAAACAGUCCCCCAUCCGGCAGGAUGCUGAACGGGCUACAUUAAAAAACAAACCUCUCUCUCUAUAUAUUUAUAAAUGAGAACUGUUGGAUGACACCUUUGACAUAUCAGCCAAUAACAAUCAAGCUGAAGACUCCAGACACUUUCUGUGACUGUAACAUUUCUUCAAGGAAAGUAUAGCGUCUGUGGAGUUCAGAGGGCACGUGUUUGGGGGAAAAUAUAUGUGACCCAAGAAGAUGAAGAAAAAUGAGAAAAAAAAAAAACCACAAAAAAGGCAACUUUAAAACAAAAUAACUUGAGACCAGAUGGGGAGGCUGAAGGGCUGGGAAGUGGGAAGAGACGCUGCUUACCGAUCCCCGGGGCUUUUCCAGCCCGUGGGCGCCUGAGGCAGGCUGGGGCAAGCGGUGUGGUGGGGCCUGGUCCCCAGGGGGCGGCUGGGAGGCCGCCGCUGAGCAUCUCUAUCUGUCAUUCCUUUAGCUAUUUAGGGACCAAAGGACCAAACUUUUUAUUGCAGCUGUGUAGCUCUGUCAAAUAGAGGGGGAUGGAGGAGAACCUCCUUCCUGCCUCGUGGCUGUUCUUGAAACAGCUUAGAGCGAUUCUAUGAAAAAAUGUAAUAAAAAAAAUUAAAAAAAAAAACAAAAAAAAGCAAAAACAACAAAAAAAGGAAAAAUAAUGCUUCAAUGCUUUUAAAACAGCAAGAUAAUAGUUCUUUGAUACUUUGAGAGGCGCUUUGAUUACCCUCAUUCAAGUCUAUGACACUUUCCUAUGGUUUUCUGUAUUAUAUGUCUGGAUGGAGCUGUUAAGAUGAACAAAUUGGUGGAUAUUUGGGGAAAGCAACAAAAAUAUUAAAACUCAUUAACCGUGAAGUGUGAGAAAACAAGGAGGGGAAAAAAGGGACUUACAAGGCAAGAGAAGUGUUGUGAAAAGUCUGUAAAUGCUUCUAACUCUUCCCCCUCUUAAAAUCAUAAUAGUUGUACAGAAUUUUAAAAAAGGAGAAGUUUAAAAUACCUAUAUAAUAGAAGAAAAAUUAGAGGAAAGCAAAAAAAUAAAAAAAAAAAGGAAAAAAAAAACCUAUAGAAGUUAGCGUUACUGCUAAAAUCCCAGAUGUUGUAGGACUGUACUUUUGUAGAGUUUAGACUGAGCAUCGAUCCCUUCUCCCCGCGAGUGCUGUCGGACGCCAUGCACCCCGAGGGCCUGGCCGGACUCGCCCAGACCUGCGGGCUCCCGGCCG